UGGGCGAGGGCGCUUUGCAAAACAGGUUUGCCUGUUCUGCUCUGCCCGGGGCUGAACAGCAACGCCAGCUCCCCAAAUAAGUCAGAAUGGCUGAGAAGGAAAUGAAUUGCUUGCAUUAGACCCUUGGCCAGCUGCUUGUUAGGCCGUUAGGCAAAGGGAGGGGGGGGAAAAGAGACUCUGUGCGGUUAACUGGGCAACCACGUGCCAACAAUAACAAUGAAAAAAAAGUCUCUUUAAAAGAAAGGGAAAAAGACGCCCUCCCGGCCAUCUUGGAAGUGGGCAUAACACAGGAGGGAGCGUGGCCUCCUUUAAAAGGGGCGUGGCCUCCUUUAAAAGGGGCGUGGCUUUGCCGCUGCAUUAGACGUGGGGAUUUAAACAAGGCGUCCACGAGGCGCUGAAGGGUGGGCGCGCAUGCGCGUUCUGUCACUCGCUAGCUCCGGGGUCGAGCUCGCGUCGUCGGUGGGCGCGUGAGGGAGGGGAAGGAAGGUGAGUGGAGGCGCGCGCAGGUGGAGCGGCCCAACUGUCCGAGCGCGCGGGGGGGGAGAGCGAGCCCCUGUCUCCCCGCCGCUGGCAAGGGAAGGGCAGAAGGAACCAUUUGGGAAGGCGGCUGGGGGGGAGGCAGCGCUCCUUCCCCUUUCCAGCUGCGGCUGGCGGGGGGCGAGGACGGUCAGCCAGCAUUUUCCCGGCGGCGGCCAGAUGCGUGCAUUUUUUUUUAAAUAAAGUCGCAUCCCUCCCGGGGAACUGAACGCAGAGGAUGCAACGGAUGUCCCCGUCCCGCGCGCGAGUGCAUCGAGACCAAAGAGACCAAAGCGGCUCUUCUGCUUAGGGGACCGCGCGACCCCUCCCCUUGCAAAGCGUGGCACCCCCUCCGGCGCGCCCGGGGGCUGUUUCGCAAGCGGCAUGGAAAGAAAGUGGGAUUUUUUCCUUUGCAGGCGCCGCUUGCAGACUCGAGACGGUGGUGCAAUCUCGCCUCCCUUCCCCGGCCAGUUUCGGAAACCUGGGAACGGAGGAAAAGCCCCAAUAAAAACUGCAAAGAUUGUCCCCUGCUGCCCCACCCUAAGAGAAAAACCCUCUUCCCACUAGUAUUUCCUGGCCAUAAAUAUCUUCCCCCCGGUCUAUAAAUAGGCACCAUAUUUUGCCCCCUUAUAUGGGUGGGCUGAGAGAUGGAGGGCAGGGAGCCAGGUCUGGGGUGACCGGCUUCCUUCCUUCCCCGCUGCGGUGCAAAACAGCAUCCUGAUGGGGUGGACUCCAAGUCCCAUCACCACCGAGCCCAACGGGCCAGACUUCUGGCAGAGAGCAGUGUGGUGUAGUGGUUAAAGGCUACUGGGUGACUGCUUCAGUCCUAAGGCCGUCCCGAGGUGACCCCCAAGGACCACAACAAGUCAAACGGGGGGCAGAUCCUGGGUCCAACAUUUCUUUUUCUCCUGCAACUUUGCCACUGGCUAGUUUGAUCCACAGCUCUCAGGGCCUUCACCAUGGUCAACGAGUCUUACGACGGGUUUCCUCCUCUGAGCAACGGCGUCGGCGGCCCCAGAUCUGAGGGCAACAGCAGCGGCGAGAGCUCCCAAAACAGUUCCCGGUGCUCCACUCCCGUGGACACGGAGCGUCACGACCGCCUGCGGGAGAAAAUGCGCCGCCGACGGGAAUCUGGAGACAAGUGGUUUUCCCUGGAGUUUUUCCCUCCCCGGACCGCCAGCGGGGCAGUCAACCUCAUCUCCAGGUUCGACCGCAUGGGGGCAGGCGGCCCCCUUUUCAUCGAUGUCACUUGGCAUCCGGCGGGCGAUCCGGGCUCAGAUAAGGAGACUUCAUCCAUGGUGAUGGCCAGCACGGCGCUCAACUACUGCGGGCUGGAGACCAUUCUCCACAUGACCUGCUGUAACCAAAGCCGGGGAACCAUCACCACACACCUGCAGAAGGCUAAAAGUUUGGGACUCAAGAACAUCAUGGCCCUUCGAGGAGAUCCUGUUGGUGAAGAAUGGGAAGAAGAGCUGGAGGGGUUCAACUACGCAGUGGACCUGGUGAAGCACAUCCGCCAUGAGUUUGACGAUCACUUCGACAUCUGCGUGGCAGGUUAUCCUGGGGGCCACCCCGAGGCCGAGAGCUACGCAGAGGACUUGAAGCAUCUGAAGGAGAAGGUGUCAGCAGGGGCUGACUUUGUCAUCACGCAGCUCUUCUUCCGGUCGGAGACCUUCCUCAAGUUUCUGAGGGACUGCCAGUCCGUUGGCAUCACCUGCCCCGUGGUGCCAGGAAUAUUCCCCAUACAGGGGUAUCAUUCUCUGCGCCAGCUCGUGAAACUCUCAAAACUAGUGGUGCCUCAGGAAAUUAAGGACGUCAUUGAACCCAUCAAGGACAACGACGCGGCCAUCAGGAACUAUGGCAUUGAACUGGCGGUCAAGAUGUGCCGGGAACUACUGGACAGCGGUCUGGUCCACGGUCUGCAUUUCUACACCCUGAACCGGGAGGUGGCCACCGUGGAGAUCCUCAAACAGUUGGGCCUCUGGAAUGAAGAUCCAAGGCGUCCCUUACCGUGGGCGGUCAGCGCUCACCCCAAACGGCGAGUUGAAGACGUCCGGCCUAUUUUCUGGGCCUCUCGGCCAAAGAGCUACAUCUAUCGAACGCAGGAGUGGGACGAAUUCCCCAACGGCCGAUGGGGGAACUCUUCCUCCCCAGCCUUCGGGGAGCUGAAAGACUAUUACCUUUUCUACUUGAAGAGCAAAUCCCCUCGAGAAGAACUUCUGAAGAUGUGGGGAGAAGAGCUGACCAGCGAAGACAGCGUCUAUGAAGUCUUCAGGUGCUACAUCGCUGGGGAAUGCAACAGAAAUGGGCACAAGGUGACAUGUUUGCCAUGGAACGAUGACCCCUUGGCGGCCGAGACCAACCUCAUGAAAGAAGAGCUAGUCAGAGUGAACAGGAGAGGCAUCUUGACCAUCAACUCCCAACCUAAUAUCAACGGAAAGCCUUCUACAGACCCUAUCGUGGGAUGGGGACCUGAGGGGGGUUACGUCUUCCAGAAGGCCUACUUGGAGUUCUUCGCCUCCGCCGAGAACAUCAAGGCUCUUCUGACAGUCCUCAAAAAGUAUGGGCAGCGGGUGAAUUACCACAUCGUCAACGUCAAGGGGGAAAACGUCACCAACGCUCAUGAGAUGCAGCCAAACGCCGUGACGUGGGGUAUCUUCCCAGGCAGAGAGAUCAUACAGCCGACAGUGGUGGACCCAGUUAGCUUCAUGUUCUGGAAGGACGAGGCCUUCGCCUUGUGGGUCGAGCAGUGGGCCAAGCUCUACGAAGAGGAGUCGCCCUCCCGCAUGAUUAUCCAGUACAUUCACGACAACUACUUCUUGGUCAACCUAGUGGACAACGAUUUCCCCCUGGACAGUUGCCUGUGGCAGGUUUUGGAGGACACCUACGAGCAGUUGAACAGUCCAGAAGAACAGAGAAGCUCCUCCCACGUUUGAGACGGGACCCCCAAACCUUUCCCCUUCCUCAAGAUGAACGGCAGCUAACGGCCCAGCAGAAGCCUCCUUCUGAUCUUUCCACUUAUUUUUUGGGUGACCAGCACUCUAAACCCUGUGAAAGCAGCCGCUUCACACAAGGCCCUGCUUAGGGGGCUCACAACGGCCAGCUUGGCUGAGACCUGCAACCGACUCCCGGUUUUAGCUCACCGUGUCCCCCCCCACCCUCUAUUUAUUUUGACUUUCUAAGAGGCAGACCUCGAGUUUCACUUUCUCGUUUUGUCUGGGGAAAGGGGGCCAGCCAGUUAAACCCUUGUAAAGCAAUGAACGAUGAAAUAAAAUGACUCACCCGUAGCGUCCCCAGGCGUGGCGUCAGGAGGGGGAGCAGAACGGCCUCUUCCAGAGCAGCGUGGGGUCUCCAGUGCAGGAAAACGCCUUUAGCCAAGCAAAUCCUUGCACGCACGCACACACAUAGCUGUCUCCCACCUCUUUGCAUUUGCAAAUGGCCAGGAUUCAAACCCUCUGCCUGGACAACCGGGACCUUUGCGUUUUGCUCUCAACUCUUGGAGGGAGUACUCCAAACCUGUGCAAUCAGUAGCAAGGGAGCGAUGGGAACCGUAAUCCCACAACAAUGAGAAAUCCUCUGGUCGGUCCUCGGCCGCACGCAGCCCCGGGCUCCUGCGUUUCCAACCCGGCGGCUCAGCUAAGAGACCUCAGCUGGGGAGGGGGGUGCAAAUGGUUGUGUAAAGGUGAGACUGUUUGUCCUGCCUCCGCUCAGGAGUAAGUUGGUAGGCGUGAAAACAAAGGGGUUAUACCUAACCGGUCCGGGAAAUUUGCUGAAGGCGGGUUCAUCGCAAAACUGGGGGGUUCAAGAUGCAACAGAACCGCGCAGUUCUCAGCCUGUUUUCAGGUUGAAAAACAGGCUGCGAGAGACGCCCUGUUGCAGAAGGGAACAAGCCAGGUUCAAUACAUAAUCAGUGUCUUCCCUGGAAUUAUGCUUGGCCUCUAGCGUCGCGCCACGUUCCCUCCUUGCCCUCAAAUUCCUAUCAACUCGUCCUGUUUUCUUAGGGCCGUUACCAUUCUCCUUUGAGACUGCUGCUGACCCCUUCCCCAACAGAGGACAAAAUAAAGCUUUAUUUUAUAAGGGCCUCUCCCUCCUCCUCUUGCGUAACUCAAAGCUGAGAUUCUCAGCCUGUCCCUGGCCUCCCCGUCGGCCUCGGGGGACAACGGUCACCGUGCAGACCCCGAUGCCCGGGAGGUUUUGCUCGGGCUUGGAAAAUCAAAAGGUGCAGUCCCCGUCUGUCUGAACGGUCCCGCAGGAAAGGGCUGAUGUGAGCUUAAUCCUAGAUGAGUGUUUGCAGAGGGGGCUGGUGAACACAGGAAAGUCCCUUGAGAGGGAAGGGGGGAUGUCUGGGGGGUCUGCAGAGGGGGAAGAGAAGACUCCCCGCCCCACCAAGCAUUGAAUGAAGACCUGAUCGGCUUUAGCGUGGAUGAGUAGAAAAGGAUUCUAGUUGCAAGGACAUUAAAUACAGCCUGACU